AUGGUAAUUUUUGGUCAGACGAUAUCAGAGUUAUUCUUACAAAUAGUACAAAAGGACAAGCAGGUGUUGGAAUCGCUCUCAAUAAUGAUCUAUAGUAGCAGACUAUGUUUGGUUAAAGUGGAAUCAACACCAAACAACCUCGCAAUUAUACAAGUUUAUAUACCAACGACAAAAGCAAAUGAUGAAGAAGUGGAAGAAGUGUAUGUAGGCAUUGAAGGGGUAUUGAAACAUACUAAACCACACGAUAAUGUAAUUAUCAUGGGAGAUUUAAAUGCUAUAGUUGGUGAAAACAGGGAAGGUAGAGAAGUCGGAGACUUUUGCUUAGGUAAGAGAAAUGAAAGAAUAGAAAGAGUAGUGGAGUUCUGCAGAGAAAAUCGGAUGAUUAUAACUUCUACCAGAUUUCAAAACCCUAAGAGAAGAAUAUAUACAUGGAAAAUACCAGGCGAUAUUGCCCGUUACCAAAUAGAUUAUAUACUGGUGAAAAAUAGAUUUAAGAACCAAGUUACAUUCUGUAAAGCAUACCUGAGCGCUGAUUGCGACAGUGAUCACAAUUUAGUGAUAGCGAAAUGCGAACUCAGAUAUACAAAACCACAAAGACCAAAAGUACACCAAGAAAAAUAUAGUGUCAGAUUACCUAAGAGAGCAGAGGUUGUGGAACAAUAUGGACGAUACAUGGAUAUCGAAUACCAAAAAGAAAAAUGUAGAUGA